GAAAAGUGAAAAAAGUUAGCAAAACAGAAUGGGAAGGGGGAGGGAAUCUUGUGAUACUUUUAGCUCUCAGCCAUAGUCUGGAUCUGUGUAAGUAGGUGUGACCUCUGCCAAACAAAAUGCCCAGAGGAGAUCAUUAUUUUGAUGGCAGCUUUGGCCGAGGGAAGAAAUUCACUUCACUUUCAACAGAAGAGGCUGCAGGUAUUGGACUUCUUGUUGUGGUUCUUGCAGCUUUAUUGCUCAUUGGCUGUUGGUAUUAUAAAAAGCGCAGAGGUUAUAGAAACCUUUUGAGUAAGAACUUCAGAAUGACCACUAUGAAGACAUCAGAUGGUAAAAGUGCCUUGCUGGGCUCCAAGCUAAGUCUGCAGGAAUACAACAGCAACUUUACCCAAGCGGUGCCUGAUGCUCCACCAGCUUAUGAAAAGAUCUCUACCAACCCAUUGCCACCGCCUUAUGCGCCAUGAAACUAGAACAAAGCUAUUCACUACCUGUUUAAUUGCAUACAUUGCCAUUAAUUUCUAGCAGUACCUGAAAUGCAUGUAAUUAUUACUAGUUUAAAAAAAAAAACCCAGUUGUUCCCUAUUGCAUGUGGUCCUUAAGACAUCGAUGACACACCCUUUGCAUCUUUGCUGUAUUCUUUGUAUGGAAUUAUUUAACCUAAGUUUAAUGGAAAUUAUAUACAAGGAAAACUACCAAGCAUAAUAAAUAUUGAAGAACAAGAACAA